AGCUAAUCGCUUGUCCCGGCUGGGCCGGUGCCCCGCAGGUGGGAGACACCUGGCUGAGGAAAACCCCGCUAGCUCACGGUACGUCGGCGCCGAAUCUCGCCAUACAGCAGGGGAAAGAUCACCGCCACCUCCUGAGCAAAAACAUGCAUUAGACUUACGGGACUUACUGUACUGGACCCUGGUAGUUGAUGAGCCCGGAAUCAUCACUCAAUCCUACAGAAAGAAAUUUUUGGAUAAUUUUCUUCAAUGCGUUGCUACUGAAAGUUUUUGAAGUUUCUAAUGUAGCUCAAUAUUGGGAAUAAAUCAGGGUGCUCUAUUUUUCUCAGAAUCUUAAGUUUCAAAAAUAUGGUGGACUGGGCGGAAACAAUGCUCGUGUCUCAUGAUCGUUAAGAUUCAACACACGAUUGGAGUUUAGUAGUGGGCAGAGAUCUCAACUGAUAGUGAGUCGUUGAAUUCGGGAAGUUGCCAGCUUUGUUGGUUCGAUGUGACUGCACGACGUGAAACAUUGUAUAUGACAUCAGUGAUGAAUUCUUUUUUGUUUUUCACAAAUAUUGAUGGUCUACUGUGAAAUAUUGUUGGUCUACUGUGUAAGUAGUUAGUGUACGUGUAAGAAAGUGUAACUAAUUUUUAUUACCAAAAAUCAUGCUUGUUUUAGUGCUGGGGGAUCUUCAUAUACCUCACCGAUGCAGCAGCCUUCCAACAAAGUUUAAAAAACUUUUAGUACCUGGAAGAAUUCAACAUAUUCUAUGUACUGGAAAUUUAUGUACCAAAGAAUCCUAUGACUAUCUAAAAACUCUAGCAAGCGAUGUGCAUGUUGUUAGAGGCGAUUUUGAUGAAAAUCUAAACUAUCCAGAACAGAAAGUUGUCACAGUUGGCCAAUUUCGGAUUGGAUUAUCUCAUGGUCACCAAGUUGUGCCUUGGGGUGAUCCAGAAUCUUUAGCACUUAUCCAGCGUCAAUUAGAUGUGGACAUUCUAAUAUCUGGUCAUACUCACAAGUUUGAAGCAUAUGAACAUGAAAACAAAUUUUAUAUUAAUCCGGGUUCAGCCACUGGUGCCUUUAAUCCACUUGACACGAACAUCAUUCCAUCUUUUGUAUUAAUGGAUAUACAAAGUUCCACUGUUGUUACUUAUGUGUAUCAACUUGUAGGAGAUGAGGUUAAAGUAGAACGUAUUGAAUUUAAAAAGAAUUAAAAUUUAUUUUGUAUUGGAAGUUCUGUGUGUUUAGAACAUACACAGAAUUAUAAACAUACAUCUUUGUAAAUUAUUUUCUGUUGAUAAAUAUAAUCUCAUUUAUCUCGAAA